UUCCUUUGCACAAUUUGUGGGCACACUUGUCUCCCCCUACCAAUUUCCUCAAAAGAAAAAGGCUGUCUUUCUUUUUCUUUUCUUGUUCUUCUUGCAAAAAAUCAACACCACCCUCUCUGUGGCUUUUCAAGAUUCCAAUUUUCUUCAGUUUUUGGAUUGGUAGAGUUGCUUUCUCAUUCUGGAGGUUGCUUGGAGGUGAGAACUCAGUCUUGUGAUAUCAGUUUUCGAGUUUGAUGAUCUGGGUUUUGUUUUUUGGAGGAUUUUAAGAAUUGGGUUUUCCUCAUUUUUUGUGAAGUACGGAUUUUUAGGGGUUGUUUGAGUGUGGAAUCAUGGUGAUACCAGGAAGGGAGUUUAGUUGAUUGGUUUAUUUGCCUGAGCCAGGACUUAUUGGAACAUUUUCUAUUGGUUUCUGGGCGUUGCUGUUGUCAAUUCAUUGGAAUUUUCCUUGUGUUUUAUUCAAGGAGCUUUGAUACGCGUUUUAUGGCUUGAAUUGUGGCAUUUUGUGCUGUGGAAACCAUGUAUAGAUAUAGUUUUGUGGAACAAUUGGAGAUUUUGCUGUUCAGAAAUUUAUAAAUUGGAUAUGAGAGUGUAUGGAUAUAGUAGUGCUGAUCAUUUAGAGAAAUAUGACUUCAAUUUUACCUUCUGUAAUUCCACCAACUUCUAGUGAUAUCUCACCACCACCAGCACCUCCUACCUCUUCCUCCUCAAAUUCCUCAACCACUUCGCCAUCCCCCAAAUCAUCUCAGCCAAAUCAAACUACCGAUCCCCCACCAUCCUCAGCACCAUCAAAUUCUUCACCUCCACCACCUCAAUCCCCUCCUCCAGCUGUCCUUACAGCUCCUCCUCCAUCACCACCUUUAUCACCACCACCAGCUUCACCUGCACCAUCAAUCCCAGCAUCUCCUUCUCCAUCGCCUCCUGCUUCCCCACCUCCGUCAUUGCCAACAUCUCCUCCACCUUCAGCUCCUGUUGUCCCUCCACCCUCACCAGUUUUAUCUCCACCACCGCAAUCAGGUGGUUCUCCUCCUCCAAAAGCUGCACCUGCACCUCCGAUUGCAACUUCACCUCCACCUCAGGUCAUUUUACAUUCCCCACCUCCUCCAGCUAAUGUUCCAACUCCACCAUCCUCAAAGUCUCCACCUUCACCACCAGAAACACCCCCACCUGAAAGCUCUUCCUCACCUCCUAUACUUACACCUCCACCAUCUAGCCCUAAGUCUGCUUCUCCUCCUCCCACAACUUCUCCCUCAACACCCACAUUAUCAUCCCCGCCUCCUUCAGUUCCCUCAACCCCCUCACCUUCUACAAUUUCACCUCCAGCAGCUCCAAGUACACCGUCAACAGCUGGAAGUCCCAUUUCAUCAUCUUUGCCCUCAAUUCCAACAGAAAAACCAACUGCAAAUUCAAGUAAGGGUGCCGAUGCAUCUGUAAAUGCAACAUCCUCCGGUAAGAAUGGUUUAGGCGCUGGAGGUGCUGCAGGUAUAAGCAUUGUUGUAGGGUUUAUUGUGCUUGGUCUUCUUGUGGUGACUGUGUGGUUUGCACAGAAACAAAAGAGAAAGAGGGCUGGACUGAAAAUUCGGUACACUAUGCCUUCUCCAUUUGCCUCCUCUCAAAAUUCAGAUGCAGCAUUUUUAAGGCCUCAGUCUCCACAUCAACUAGUGGGAAGUGGUUCUAACAGUGGUUUUUAUUCACCGUCAGAGCCUGGUGGGGUCAAUAAUUCCAGGUCAUGGUUCACUUAUGAAGAGCUAGUCCAGGCAACGGAUGGGUUUUCAGAACAUAAUCUUUUGGGUGAAGGUGGAUUUGGUUGUGUAUACAAAGGUAUUCUCACAGACAGUAGAGAAGUCGCUGUAAAGCAGCUAAAGAUUGGUGGUGGACAGGGGGAGCGGGAGUUCAGAGCAGAAGUUGAGAUUAUUAGCAGAGUACAUCAUCGCCAUUUGGUUUCGCUGGUAGGAUACUGUAUAUCAGAGCAUCAAAGAUUGCUUGUCUAUGAUUAUGUCCCGAACAAUACCCUUCAUUACCAUCUCCAUGGUAGAGGCAGGCCAGUUAUGGAUUGGCCAGUACGAGUCAAGGUUGCUGCAGGUGCAGCUCGUGGGAUAGCUUACCUCCAUGAAGACUGCCAUCCUCGCAUCAUUCACAGGGAUAUCAAGUCAUCAAACAUACUUCUUGAUAACAAUUUUGAGGCUCGGGUUUCGGAUUUUGGACUUGCAAAGUUAGCUUUGGAUUCAAAUACCCAUGUAACCACUCGUGUGAUGGGAACCUUUGGAUAUAUGGCUCCAGAGUAUGCGACAAGUGGCAAGUUAACUGAAAAAUCUGAUGUUUAUUCCUUUGGUGUUGUGCUCUUGGAGCUAAUUACUGGACGCAAGCCCGUUGAUGAUUCUCAGCCCCUAGGUGAUGAGAGCCUGGUUGAAUGGGCGCGACCAUUGCUUGCUGAAGCAAUUGAACAUCGAGACUUUGGAGAGUUGGUGGAUCCUAGACUGGAAAAGAACUAUGUGAAUCAUGAAAUGUUUCGAAUGAUUGAGGCAGCUGCAGCAUGUGUGAGACAUUUAGCUACUAAAAGGCCAAGAAUGAGUCAGGUGGUGAGAGCUCUAGACUCAUUAGAUGAGUCAUCAGAUCUCACAAAUGGAAUGAGACCUGGCCAAAGUGAAGUUUUUGAUUCAGCACAACAAUCUGCACAAAUCAGAAUGUUUCGGAGGUUAGCAUUUGGCAGCCAAGACUACAGUUCUAGUUUCUUUGAACAUACUCAGAGCAGUUGGAGAAGUCAAGAAGAUGGUAGUCAGGGUAGCUGGAGGAGUCGAGAGUUUGGGAAUCAGAGUGGCCAGAGUUGAGAGCAUAGGGAACGUAGCACCUUAAUGCCUUAGCAAGUCAGAUGCGUUCAAUGCAUACCAUUGCAUACCUGAGUACUGAUAGUUCAGAUGCAUCACAGUUUACAGGGAAUGCCUUAUCUCUGAAUUUUGGAAGAUUGAAGAUCAAUAUCAUGGAAUCAGGUCUUGCUGCUCACUUGAUAUCCAGUCUUUGUUAUUUUGUAGGCCACAUGAUUUUUGAGAAAGAAAAAAAAAAAAAAGCAUACAUGAUUUUCCUGUAGGAAUGCUUCUGGAUGUAUUUUCUAUGAUUUAGAAUCAUUAUUCAUACAUCUUUUCCUUGUAUUUAUAUUUAUUAAUUCAAUAUAAGUUUCUUUUCCCUUA